AUUUUUGAUUGGACAAAAUAUGAGUGACUAGAGAAAUUCCAAUCUAUAUUUCUUUUAUAGUAGUUAGUAAAAUGUAUAUAUGGAUUAUAUGUGAGUGAACAUUUUAGUGAAACUCACAACCCACUCCAGCCAGAUAUCCUUUUGGCAAUUUGGAAAACAACAUAAGAGGAAAUGGGGUGUGCUAACUCUAAACGUAUAGAAGCAACCGCACCCGCCGUAUACCAGCCACCACCGACGAGUUUCGCGGUGUUCGACAUAAACGCUAUCGAAGAGCCAUGGCUAAAACACCUCAACAACACCAACAACACCAUCUCCCAAGAAGAAAAACCCGCUCUACCUCCUCCUAUUCUCCACAUCCUCGAUGCUACUGAAAAAUCUCCUCAAUCAUGGGAUGAAGUUAGCAAAACACUCCAACAACUCAAACCAGUUGUUCAACAACUUCCUCAACCAACACCACCAUCACCACCGUCAUCACCACCGUCGCAACAACCACAACCUCCACGUAAGGUUGCUUCCUUUCACACACUUGAAGAGUUAGAUGCAAAGUCAAGCCCAAAGAAGAAAAACGAGUCCCAGUCACCAAAACCACCACAACCACAAGCUCAACCAACGAAGAACAAAGUUGUUGAUGUUGGUUCAGUGAGAACAUUAAAACCAUCUUUGUCAUCAUCAAAACUGAAGGAUAACAUAUUCAUAAAACGAGACAUAUUAGAGAAACAAAAGGAAGAGAAAGAAUCGAAUUUCGAGAGAAUAGAAAGAUUAAGGAGAGACCCACUAAGCAGAUAUCCAGAAAAAUGUCCACCAAAUGGAAACGACGCCGUAGUAAUAUAUACAACGUCGUUAAGAGGUGUAAGAAAGACGUUUGAUAAUUGCAACCAAGCAAGAGACUUAUUGGAGAAUCAUAGGGUUGUAUUUGAUGAACGUGACGUGGCACUUCAUGGAGAGUUUUUAAAGGAAGUGAAGGAGUUGUUAUUAACGGAGGAAGAGUUAGGGGUUGGUGUGGUUUUGCCAAGGGUGUUUGUGAAGGGUAGGUAUUUGGGUGGGUUGGAUGAGUUGAUGGAGCUUAAUGAAACGGGUCGACUUGGGAGGAUACUGAAUGCGACACGUGUGGAGAGAGGUGUUGGAAGACAAGGGUGUGUUGGAUGUGGUGGGGUUAGAUUUGUUCCUUGUUGGGAUUGUGGUGGGAGUUGUAAGUUGGUUACUUCUGAUGCUGGGGGUGAGAUAAGGUGCCCCAAGUGUAAUGAGAAUGGGUUAGUCCAUUGCCCUACUUGUCUUUAAUUUCAUGAGUUUCAAUACUUGUUUCUUGAGUUCUUGUUGUUGUAAUAUUAUUAUUAUUGAUUCAUAGUAUACUCAUACUAUUACUGUUUUAUUCAUAAAUAAAUAAAUAAAAUUCUAUUCUCAAGUGUAGUAUAUGUAUAUGUUGAGUACAUGUUUGUAAUCUCAUCUCGGGAAUAUAUUUAUAGAUUAUGUAUGGUACGACUAGAGAAUAUGUGACACCUUUAAUGUAUUUUCUA